CAAGUUAUGUUGUGAGACGAAUGGCUCGAUUUCAAUUUUCAAUUACCGUCACCAUGAAGGAGUGAACGUUAGGAAGAGUCGUGGUUCCAACUGUUGCCAUGCGGUCGCAGUCAAGUGGUCACCAUUGUCACCGUCCAACGUGGUGCGCGUCGUUAGCCACUCGUUGAAUUUUGUUGAAAUUUUGGCCGCGAACUCGGCGCAGGGUGAUAUCCAGCAAGACGGUGCUUGUAGUUACUGUACAAGCUGUGCGAGACUUCAGUGAGUUGACCGCAAUCGAUGGUGUAUUGCUUGUCGCAUGAAUUGCUUGCGAACUCGAAAAGUGUCUUUGGCGCUCUUUUCCACGACAUGUGGAAGAAUACUGAAGACGUAAAAAUCGAUAAGCGCGCCCAGACUCGUCCCGCCGAUUAUUCGCGACGCUCGUGCUUUGAAUAAACUCUGUCGGAAGGUCUAACGAAUGGCUGAACUCGAGUCCCCUUCGGGGAUCCUUCCCCCUAUUCCAGAUGACCUGACGCUCGUACAGUUUGUAUUAGACUAUCAGCACAGCUCGAGGCCUGUUCGGAACCAUGAAUAUGAUGUGCCAUGGAUCAUUGAGGAUCGUACUAGGGAAGCCCGUGGACUGGAGGAGUUGCGUACAAGAGCAUUCGGCCUUGCAAAUGGGUUGAACAUCAGGUUCAAUAUCAAGGAGGAUGACGUCUUCCUCGUUUUUAGUCCGAAUCAUCUUGACUAUCUCGUCGCUGUCUGGGCUAUUCACAGGCUGGGAGCCGUCAUGUCUGGUGCAAAUCCUUCCUUCACCUCAGAUGAACUGAGGUUCUCCCUGUUGCACGAUCCGCUGCGCAUAUUGCUAAACUGUCGGAGGAACCACAUCGUCUUGUUCGAUACCGCGGAUACUCCGUUGACUCAAGGAGUAUUCCCUACUGUGAGAGGUUUGAUUGAUCAAGGGCUGUCCGCCUUUCCCAGUUUCCGUGAGAGACGUUUAAGUCCCGGUGAAGGCAAGACAAAGGUCGCAUUCCUCAACUUCUCCAGCGGAACUACUGGCAUGCCAAAGCCCAUUGCAAUUCCUCACUAUGCCCCAAUAGCCAACAUCAUUCAACUAGCUGUACACAAUAGAGUAAAUGACGAUCGUAUUCCAUGGGAAGACCAAAGAUUCCGGCCCGGAGAUGUUUGCAGUGCAGGUGGGUCUUCGUCUACAGCCAGUGAAGUUUUGAGACACAUUGACGGACAUCCCGGAAUAGUUUUACCCCUGUAUCAUAUCUACGGCAUGGUUUUCAAUGCCCACUACAUUUUAUUUUGUGGGAUGACUGUCGUUCUUACCACUGGUCGAUUCAAUUUCUUGGACUUCCUCGAUACCAUUGUCAAAUACCGCAUUACACAUCUUAUGCUUGUGCCCCCUCAAGUCGUCAUGUUUUGCAAGCAUCCUGCUGUUUCACAGUAUGAUUUUGGGCACGUCCGAUACGUAACUUGCGGAGCGGCGCCGCUCUCUCGGGAAGUGAUGAAUAGGCUGAUGGAAGUCUUCCCCAAUGCAAGCGCCGGACAAAGCUAUGGUUCGUUACUCGCCUUCAUUCCAAACAUAUCGUGUGGUAUCCAUGAUUCUAGGGACUACGGAGUCGUGUACUGUGAUUACAGCUUUCCCGGUCGACACAAAAGCGCGACACCAGUGGAAGUGGCGGUCAGCUUCUACCGGCCUGGUGAGCUUGUCGUAAAGACGCCAUCAUUGUCACUCGGGUAUGCCGGAAAUCCAGAAGCUACUCGAGAAACAUGGUUUCGCACCGGGGAUGAAGUUAAAAUGAAUAAACGCGGAGAGGUAUUUGUGCUUGACCGACUCAAGUACGAGGAUUCCCCUGUUGCUCCAGCGGAACUCGAGGGUUGUGUCCUCGGACAUCCUGAUGUCGAAGAUACGUGCGUUGUAGGCAUUCCAGACGAGUACAGUGGAGAGCUUCCGGUGGCCUUCGUUGUCCUUCGUCAGGAAGCAGGUAAGCGGGCACAAGAUUCGAGUGCUGCACACGAAAUAAAAAGUUCGAUCGCCAAGCACGUAUCUGAUCAUAAAGCUGCGUACAAGCGACUGGCCAGAGUCGAAUUCGUUGAUUCUAUCCCGAAGAAUCCCAGUGGAAAGUUACUCAGGCGUGUGCUUAGGGACAGGGCUCGACGGUUGGAACCCCGUGGAAUCGCGAAACUGUGA